UUGUCUUCUGGGAGCGCGGCUGGAAACUGGAGAAGCCAUGGAGAGGGACAGCGCUGCCUUUCCGCCCACAGCGGACCCCACACAGCAUUUCCACGCCGCCCUGCUGGAGCAGAGACGGAGGCUGCGCGGCCAAAUCGCUCACCUGCACCAGGCGGCUCGCAAACUCCACCGGCUGCGCACACGCUCCCUGGUCGCCAGCGCCGGCGGCAGCGCCCUGACGGCCGCGGGAGCGCUCACCGCCAUCCUGGGGCUGUCCCUGAGCCCCGCCACGCUGGGAGCCUCCCUGCUGGCCUCGGCCGUGGGGCUGGGCCUGGCCACGGCCGGCGGCGCCCUCAGCGUCGCUUCCGACCUCUCCCUGGUGCUCUGCAACUCCCGGGAGGUGAGGAAGGUGCAGGAAAUCGCCACGACUUGUCGGAAACAGAUGAGGGAGAUCCUCGGCUGCCUGGAGUUCCUGCGCCGGGGGCAGGGCCCGGGCGACCCUGCGCUGCGGCAGUCGGAGAAGAGGGCGUCCGUCUCGCUCUACAACUGCGUCUGCUUCACGGUCCUCUGCGGCUCCCACAGCUUCCUCCUGCCGCAGCACGCCGAGGAGGCCACCAAAGCCAGCCAGGCUGUGCUGAAGGCCAAAAUCCAGAAGCUGGCUGACAACCUUGAGACCUGCACCAGGGCAAUGGAUGAAGUCUGUGAUCUCCUUGAGUACAGAACAGAGCUUCCCCCACGUACGAGGAGACUCAGCUUGGGUGCAAAAACCACUGUUGAGAGCCUGAGACCGUCCAGCUGAAACAGUUUCAGUGUAACGUAUUAAAUCCGGGUUUGGAGGCAUUCCGUUAUUAACUGAGACCAUUAGCAAUGCUGCCUGCUGUUUUACAGUGCAGGGUGCUGAUGCUGUGAGGCAGACGCUCUGCAGAGCCCUUUUUGCCCAGCCGUCUCCGCUGCCCUGCUUCCCCAAGGCAGCCAAAAGAACUAGGUCAGGUGGCAGAUGAAAUACCUGAUGCUGACUGAACCUGGUCUGUAAAUAACUUAGGAAUCUGCGUGUGGUACAAGGGCUGGAGUACCCUAAAAAAGCCAGCAGCUGCCAAUUUCCAGUAGAGUACAAUCCCAUUACCAAGGUACAUCUGGAAAGGCUGUAGAAAGAAGCAGCUCCAGAUACAACAGACUAUGGAUAGUUUACCAUCCCAGGGUGAAAUAGCAGGGCCAAAAUUUAUCCCUUUUGAAGAAACCUCUCCAGA